AUGGCGUCUUCCAGCUUCACCUGUCAAUCAACACGACAGGAAACAGGAACAUUCAACACCGUCAUCCCGGCUGAGUUAAUAGCCAAACUUGGAGACCUGGGCAUCAACACCUCCACGUGCAACUGGAUUUUGGACUUUCUGACCAACAGACCCCAGAAGGUUCGAUCAGGCUCCAACUGCUCCAGGUCCAUCACACUCAACACUGGUGUACCACAGGGCUGUGUGCUAAGCCCGUUUCUCUUCUCCCUCUUCACCUCCGACUGCAAGCCUGCGUAUGAAUCUAAUUCCAUCAUCAAGUUUGCGGACGACACUACGGUGAUUGAUCUCAUCAGCACCAACGAUGAGACUGCCUAUAGGGUGGAGAUCCAGGACCUGGCCACAUGGGGCACUGGAAAUAACCAGCUCGCCAACACCACCAAAACCAAGGAGCUCAUCGUGGACUUCAGAAAGGAGUCAAGAGGCACACACAACACCAUCCACAUCAAUGGAAUGGCUGUUGAGGGUGUCUCCAGUUACCACUACCCGCCACCACUGGGACUCCACUACCCCCCAUCACUGGGACUCCACUACCCGCAUCACUGGGACUCCACUACCCGCAUCACUGGGACUCCACUACCCUGUCAGGAGGCGGAGCUGCUGAAGCAUCUCGCCGGGCGGAGGGAGCACGAGCGUGAAGUGGCUCAGAAAGCUCAGACCAAAGAACGCCAGGAGCAUCGGGCCGACGCUGACAAGCAGCAACGGCAGAUGCACCUGAACGCCUCACCGGACAGACAGCAGAUGCACCUGAACGCCUCACCGGAGAAACAACAGAUGCAUCUGAACGCCUCAUCUGAGAGACAGCAGAUGCACCUGAACGCCUCAUCUGAGAGACAGCAGAUGCACCUGAACGCUUCACCAGAGACACAGCAUAUGCACCUGAACGCCUCAUUGGAGAAACAGCAGAUGCACCUGAAUGCCUCACCGGAUAAACAGCAGAUGCACCUGAACGCCUCACCGGAGAAAAAAACGAUGCACCUGAACGCCUCACCGGAGAAAAAACAGAUGCACCUGAACGCAUCGCCUGAGAGACAGCAGAUGCACCUGAACGCCUCACCAGAGACACAGCAGAUGCACCUGAACGCCUCAUCUGAGGUACAGCAGAUGCACCUAAACGCCUCAUCUGAGAAACAGCAGAUGCACCUGAACGCCUCAUCGGAGAAACAGCAGAUGCACCUGAACGCCUCAUCGGAGAAACAGCAGAUGCAACUGAAUGCCUCACCGGAGAAACAGCAGAUGCACCUGAACGCCUCACCGGAGAAAAAACAGAUGCACCUGAACGCCUCGAGUGAGAGACAGCAGAUGCACCUGAACGCCUCACCAGAGACACAGCAGAUGCACCUGAACGCCUCAUCUGAGAAACAGCAGAUGCACCUGAACGCCUCACUGGAGAGACAGCAGGAGGAGGACAAGCACAGUGUGGAGGUGUCCUGAUGGCCUGAUCACAACACAAGCUGAACUUUACCUGGAAGCCAUUUUGGAGGCUGCCGAGCCGAAGACGGUGGGCCGGCGACCCGGCGCCGACCCACCGACCGCGAGACGCUGAGAACAGGGAGAGAAGAAGAAAAGCAGGAGGACUGAGGUUUAACUUCCUCUCUACAACCAGGACUCUUCUUACCAAGAUAAACUCCUUAAAAUGAGAAACUGUGUCUGAGGCGCUGCAGGUCCGGUCCCCAUUCGAUGGAGGGGUUCACUGUGCUUUGUUGCUAUGCCAACAGUGCCAAUGUGUUCAUGUGUGUGCGAUUGUUUUAGCGAGGA